AUAAAAAUAAUUAACUAUUCCGGGAUCGGAAAAUAAUUCUCCGCCGUGAGUUACCACUGAUACGCCGCCGUGAAUGGAAGGAGUAGGUGCCAGAUUCGGCCGUUCAUCAACUAGGUACGGUCCGACCACUGUAUUCACCGGUCCGGUUCGGAGAUGGAAGAAGAAAUGGGUUCACGUCAACUCCGGCAAAAACAAUCACCAAUCAACCGCCCCUAACGGCGGAGUUAAUGGCAGUAAUGGCUCUCAUCUCGUGUUUUUGAAGUGGACUCCGAUUACUGCCAGCCAAAAUAACAACAACAAUAACAGUAGCGCCGAUAAGGAUGGCGAUUCCAAAAGCCCCGAUAAGGACGAUGACGUUCCGAUCGAGGAACCUCCCAAACGUAAAUUCAAGUAUAUUCCGGUUGCUCUGCUUGAAAAUCAAAAUAAUGAGACAUCAGACCAGGAUGAGGAUGAAGCUAAACCAAUGGUGGCUGAUGCAAAUACUGGGGAGCCAACAUCUCAAGCUGAUGAUUGUGAUGAAAAACCUGACAUCAAUGAUGUACCGAUGGAAGAAAAUCAGGAUCCAGAGGAUAAACCUCCAGAAAGACCAGAUUUAAAAGAAAACACAUUGGACUUGUCUGUGGGAUUCAUGGGUCAUGAGGAAAACGAUGCUGACUCGAAGACCAUUCAGACAGAAGAGGAUAAAUUGGACAAAGUGAACUAGAGAUGGCAGCGGGGUGGGGGGGUUAAGUCUUCCCCUUCUAAGAUUUCACCCUCCCCUGCCCCGUUUAGCUCCGCUUUGCCCUGCCCCAUCUAACCCCGUUGUCUUGUUCAGCUUUUUGUUAUCAAUUGUGUAGUUUGUUCAGCUUAAUUAUAGGCAUGCACACUGUGUAGUUUAUCUCAAUUGUUUACUAAAGAUAUGAAGCACAAAAGUAAUACCACAACUGGAGAACAAUUUUUUUUUUCUGCAAAUUUUAAAGUUUAGCUGAUUUU